UCCAGCACUAUCAGCAGCAGGAGCAGCAGCAACCCCUCAACAGCAACAUUGUACCCAUCAGCCUGGUUCAGUGUGCCCCUUUUUAGCUUUGAGCACCCGCCCCUAUAAACGUCUCUGCACGGCCCUGUGCAGGAGUCAUGGAGAAGUCUGUGCAAAGCUUAUACAGAAAGCGCGCUGACGCUGAGAGUGUGGCCAAGUUUCUGAGACAGGAUCUCCGCAUUUUGCGCUUCAUUGAGACGUUUUCAGAGAGCGCCCCGCAGCUUGCUCUCAUGCUCACCAUCAUUCUGCACGAAGGCCGGUUGGAUCCUGUUACAGUGUUGAAGGCCAUCGGCUCGACUUUGUCCAUCGCCUCCUUUUUGACCACCUACGAUCACUCAAUGCGCGCCUUCCUGCCAGAGAAGGAAAAACACCACAUGAUCUCAUUAGUUUUCUACUUCAUCUGGAACUUGGUUCUCAUCUCUUCUCGCAUCGCUGCUCUCGCUCUUUUCGCCUCCGUGCUGCCCUGCUUCAUCUUCGCCCACUUCAUCUGCUCUUGGCUGGUUUUAUUCUUCUUUGCUUGGCGAUCCAAGACCAACUUCAUGGAUGACCCUCGUGGGGAAUGGCUUUACAGAACCACUGUUGGCCUCAUUUGGUAUUUCAACUGGUUUAGUGUGGCCAAGGGGAUGAGGAUCAGGUCCAUGCUCUAUCACACGUAUAUCCUUAUUGAUAUUUGCAUCCUCUGUGGUUUGUGGUGCUGGAAGAUGAGCACAGAUCCUCCUGAUUUUGUGACACACCCUUUAACCACGGCUGCCUGUGUUGUUGCAGUUUACAUCCUUGGUCUGUUAUUUAAAGUUAUUUAUUUUACGUUCUUCCAUCCAAACUUUGAUAAAGAUAAGCUAAAAGGGGCCACCAUCCCAGAGGAGCAACCUGAAGAUGAAGAGCGAUCUCAUUCAGUUCCUACACGUCCCCUUAAGGCCACUGACAAUAAAAGAAUGAGGAAGCUGGCCGAGAACUUCUUCUGCUGACCUGCAUCAUUUGACAUCCACAGGACAUGAGAUUAGAAAGACUGAGUCAUGUAGGUCACAAGGGUGUGUGGGACUGAGGACUGAGCUGCUGCUUGAUUAACCACAGAUACAAUAUCUUAUGAUGUUACUCAGGUUUAUCUGGGGAUAAAUUUACAGAAAACACUUUUCUCUGUAUUAACUGGUGCUUCCCUCUAAUGAAGCAUUUAAAAUGCCUCACUUGUUACAUGCUUGUAUGAAAUAGUUAUGGGUUAACAAAGAGAUGAGUUUCCUAAUGCUAAUGAAUGGGUCUGCCUCCCUAAAAUAUAUGACAGUAUUAAACCAGUAUAAAAAUCGUGUUUACAAAGGAUUUUAAAUGGUCAUUUUAAAGCUAGAACGUUGAAUGGCAUUUCUAUAUUUGUGUGUGUGCUUUUUAAAUUACCAUUUAUACCAAUUUGUGAGCAUCUUUUUCUUACGCAAUAGUGUUGAUGUAGGAGGUGUGAAAUAGGUAAAAAGGUAUUAACAAGCUAUCGACAAUGAAGCAGCAAAAAUACAGAAAGCGAAAGAAAUAAAACAUAUAAACAUUAAUAAAACCAUUUUGGUUGUAGGUGUUAACAUGUAAUUGAACACAUAUUGACUACGUAACCUUAUACUGUAUUUGAGGGUUGAAGUUGUCCGUGUGUGAAUGUGUACACGUGCAUGUGUGUACAAAUGCAUAAAUAUACAAAGAACUCAGAAAAUCUCAGAUCUUUCUGCUGCUUAGUGUGGAAAAAGUAAGAAAACAUGAUCAGCUCAUACUAUAACAUCCAUAUGCUGGUCUCAUGUGUUCGUUUUCUUUUAAUUCUCUCAUUUCCCUUAAUUUUCCCCCUUUUUGUGGUCAGUGUGUUUACAUAUAUUAAUGUGUCAGUACUGCGUUCCUGUAAAAGAAGCAAAAUGUGCACAGGUUUUAGUUUGUGGAUGUUUGGGAUCAGGGCAGAAGUUUCAAAGGGUCAAGAUGAGAAGGUCACAGAGGAAUCACCGACCUUCCAGUGAGCUGCCUCUAGCAUAUUAAAGGGUCCAGCCUGUGCUGUGCAGGCCGCUCCUGGGAUCUGUACACAGUUAAACUGCUUAUUCACGUUUCACAAUGUGAUGUAACAAAGCAAGUACUUUGACAUUUUUACUGCAACCAUAUUUCAAUAUUUUCCAGCCGGCCAUUUGUGCUGUUGCAGCUGUAUGAUGAGCAGAGUUAUGCAAGCUCAAAAUGAUGUUGAAUACAUUGUGUUAAGGUUAAACAGUGAGUUUAAAGCACAUCUCUCUGGCUUCUAGUUAGAGAUCAGAUCCUGUGAGACACUCACAGAGGGAGUUUUUUAGUUAACUGUUUCAGUUAAUGCAGCUCCAAUAUGAGCUACUUGUGACAGCCACUAAAAAACCCCAUUAACACAAACUUACUGCAAGCACAUGAUAAAUCCAUAGUAGUCUGUAAAAAAUAAGCCGGCCUUGUAUCAGCACAACCACUGCUACCAAUUUCACACCUAAAUUGUUGAGUACUACGCCAUCUAGUGGUAAGUACUCUGUAAUUUAUGGUACAGGUACAGCCUGAGAGAAUGCCUGAGUUUGUGAGCCUGAGCUCAGGCCUAAUGCAUUGACUUAACUUAUUUACAAACAACUCUUCACACGCAUUUGCUGAUCCACUGUGGCAGAAGUGUAGCAGAAGUUACACAUGAAAAGAAGGUAAUUGUAACUUAUUUGCAAAUUUACAAACGUGAUCACACAAACAGCCAGUUGACUUAGUUUGACAGAGAGCUGUCAGGUUUGUUUCAUCUGGUUUUUUUUUUGGGUUUUUUUAUCAGUUGUUGAUGAAUUUGUGGCUGCUCCAUAUCAGUGCAAUUUAUGAAAUAUAAGGUUAGCAGAUUUUGACAAUUAGAUGGACUAUUCUGCAUUCAAUGUUGUACACAAUGAAAAAAAAUCAAGCAAUUCAAAUGAGAUGAAGA